AUGGAGACAAAUUCACUCUCAGAAACCUUUACGCAGGUCCAUCUCGGCCGCGGCCUUGAUGGAUACGAAAGCGUAUCAAGCGCAAACGUGGACGAAGCCGUUUACAAAUCGGAGCACGAGUCGAUCAAGGCCGAGCUCACGCGCCUUUGCCCGCCUUCGCUGUGGCCCAAGGGGUCUUACAGCACGUACUGCCCUCGACCGAUCCUCGUCAACGAGAAGCAUAAGGAGCAGUUGCAGGAGCUGAACGAUGCGCUGGUUGCCUCGAUUACGGAUAUAGUAGACCGAUGGUGGUCUGACACUGCGGCGGAUUUUCCGGGGAGGAUGCCACUCGGCGAGAAGGAGCAGGAGCUUUUAAAGCAGUUUGUCGAGUGGCAGUCGGUUGUUGGGAUGUUGCCUCAUUACACAGCUUGCAGAGGCUCCUGGAGACCUGAUUUCCUAGUCGAGGAAGUCAAGGGCGAAGAUGGCGGCCUGAUUGAGAACUUUCGGGUUACUGAGAUUAAUGCGCGGUUCUCGUUUAAUGGGUUUAUGCAUGCGGCGUAUGGGCAGCUGGGCUUGGAGGAGAUGGGCGUGAAGAGUAAUGGACUUGUGAGUGCCACGGAACCAAAGGAGCUUAUUGAUGGGCUGUUUACUCUCUUCCGGCGAGACCGUCCUGUUCAUCUGGUCAAAGGCGAAGAACCUGGGCUUGACAUCCACAUGUUUGUCGAUGCCGCACGACGCCGCCUGGGCUAUGCUCCGCGUAUAGUUGAUCUCGCAGACCUCAGGCUGGUGACAGACCCCAGAAGCAAGGCUGGCUAUACGCUCUGUGCCGUCUUCAAGAAGCCCGUGCGCGGCGCUGCCAUUCCAGACGUGUCUUCCUUGUUCUUCACAAGCGAGGGAGAGCUCGUCGAGGAGAUUUACCAGGUUGGGCUCGAGCUUCACCAGCGCGAGUUGCUUGCCAUGAGGCCUGAGAUGCUGCGGGAGCUUAGCCUACGCUGCUUCAACGACAUGAGAACCAUCUUGCUGGUCCACGACAAGCGGAUGCUCGGCAUCGUCAAGCAGGAACUACAGAAGCAAGUCGCCCUCAACGUCAUCACCGAGAGGCAGGCCAUGGUUCUCGACAGGGGCAUCGCCAACACUCUCCUCCCCGGGUCCCAGGAGCUGAACAGUCUCAUGAUGCGCUCAGAAGAGAACCCGCACCUGCGCAACGAGUUCCUCCUGAAGCCGAUCCGCAGCGGCAAGGGCGACGGCAUCGUCUUCGGCGAGGACCUCAGCAACGACGAGUGGACGGCUGCCCUGCGGCGCCAGCUGGACCCGAAUCUCGGGCUGGAGCGCAGCUGCGUGGUACAGCGGCGGAUCGUGCCCCGUCUGUAUGACGUGGUGCUGAGGGCGUGCGGGGAGAAGAUGCGGUGCCCCCUGAUUGGGACGUACCACGUCGUGCAGGGGCAGUUGCUGGGACUGGGCAUCUGGCGGAGUAGCAAUGAUCGGAUCUGUGCGGUUAGCCAUGGGGGGGCUUGGUUCUGCUCUGUGAUGCGCAGGGGCAGGGACAUGGGGCUGAGCUGA